AUGAUUCCUCCCAUUCCCGUCUUGUCGGACUACGGGAUCAGCCCAGCCCACGGCUUCCUCCCGGAUGUCCUGCCGUUGACGAGGCUUCCUGAUCCGUACUACAACAAAUGGGAGGCCAUCAGCGCCAAUCUGCAAAAUCUGAUUCUUAGCAAGCGCCUCCAAGGGGUCGUUGAUCGUCUGCCCGUUCUCUCCACCAUCGGUCUGGAACAUGACGCAGAAUGGCGGCGAGCCUACAUGCUCCUGACCUUCUUCGCCCACGGCUAUAUCUGGGGAGGUGACACUCCCCGUGAACGGGUGCCGCCCAGCAUCUCCGUGCCGCUGCUGGAGAUUUGCAGGCACCUUGAAGUGCCUCCCGUGUCGACCUAUGCCGCCUCGGUCCUCUGGAACUUCAAGCCCCUUUUCAUCGAUGAGGACAUCGAUGACCUGGACAACCUCGCCACCCUGGUAACCUUCACAGGCUCGCUCGAUGAGUCUUGGUUUUACCUUGUCUCGGUCGCCAUUGAGGCCCGCGGCGGCCCCAUCAUACCGCUCAUGUUGACAGCCGUUGCUGCGGCUCGCGCAGGUGAUGCUGCAACCGUGACACGUUGUCUGCGCACCUUUGCCGAGCGCUUGGAUGAUCUGGGUGCGCUGCUUCAUCGCAUGCACGAAAGCUGCGAUCCAGGGUUCUUUUACAAGCGCAUUCGCACCUUCCUCGCCGGCAGCAAGAAUAUGGCUGAUGCGGGACUACCCAGAGGCGUCAUCUGGGACGAUGGCACUGGGAAGUCGGACUAUGUGCAGUACUCUGGCCCCAGCAAUGCACAAAGCUCCUUGAUCCAGUUCUUCGAUCUCAUUCUUGGCAUCGAGCACCGUCCUACAGGGGAGAAGGCCGACGCUUCGUCAGAAUCGGAGCGCGAGGGCCGCGCUCGGGCGCCGAAGAACAACUUCAUCCGCGAAAUGCGCCGAUACAUGCCGGGACCGCACGCGCGCUUCUUAGAGGACGUCGCAUCGGUCGCCAACAUCCGUGAAUUUGUGGAGAGCUAUUCUGGCGCCGACCGCGAUCUUGGUAUUGCGUACGAUGCCUGUCUCAGCAUGUUACGUGCCUUCCGCGACAUUCACAUCGCCAUCGUGACGCGCUAUAUCAUCCUGCCUUCGAGGGAGACCCGCGCACGCAGUCGCAGCCCGGCCAACACCCGCCAGAACCUUGCUACUGCUUCCAAGAACGAACAGCACAAGAAGGUCAAGGGCACCGGCGGCACCGCCUUGAUCCCGUUCUUGAAGCAGGCCCGCGAUGAGACGGGUGAGCCGGCUGUGGAAGCCUGGGCCAAGCGCUUCAUGACUCGGCAGUCGCGUUCAACUGGCCAGGGCGACUUCUUUGCUGGCAAACCCGAGCAAGUCGAGGUCGUUAAAGAACCAGUGGUUGAGCAUGGGCUGGCGGGGAUAUGGACGAUUGAUGACGAUGUAGGCGGUAUCUGCAACUACUAG